AUGGACUUGACGCUUAUGACUUUUGGCUGUCUAGGCACAUUCAUCAAAUACCUUGACAAGUCCAACCUGCAAAGCGCUUUUGUGAGUGGCAUGAAAGAAGACCUCGAGCUGUACGGAAAUGAGCUCAACUACGCCAACACAGCAUAUGCGAUUGCCAAUGUUGUCGCGCUCUGGCCCAGCAAUCUGCUUCUGACCCGUGUCAACCCUCGCUGGUUUAUUCCUUUCCUUGAAGCUGGCUGGACGAUCAUCACCUUCCUCCAGGCGAUUAUGAAAACACCGACUCAGAUGUACGCCUUGCGUGCCAUUCUCGCCAUCUUCGAGACGGGUCACUACUCCGCGGUGGUAUAUCUAUGUGGUGCCUGGUAUCAGAAGGGCGAGCUCGCUCGCCGCCUCGCGAUCAUCAACAUUACUACUGCCAUUGGCCCAAUGUUCUCAUCUUACCUACAGGCAGCAGCGUAUACUGGCCUCAAUGGAGUUCAUGGUCGAGCAGGAUGGCAAUGGCUCUUCAUCAUUGACGGCAUCAUCUCCAUUGGCGUCAUUAUACCUCAGAUCCUUUUCUAUCCAGACGUACCAGCGCGCCAGAAACCAGACAGAGCCUUCACCGAGCGUGAGAUUGAGCUUGCGCGUGACCGUAAUCCGAAAGAAGGCCGGGUGCGACAGGGUGCCUUUACGCUGAAGCAGGUCAAACGAUGGUUCCUGACGCCUGACAUCUGGAUGCUGUGGACGAUAUCGUACUGCAACGCCGUGGUCGAUCAGCCCAUGCUUUCCAUGGCAUUCUGGCUCAAGGAAUGGAACGUGGUCAAACCUGGGUCAUAUACCGUUCCCCAGAUCAACAACUAUACCACCGGCAUCCAAGCCGUUACGGUCGUCACCACACUAUUCAUGGCGUGGUCAAGCGACACUUGGCUACGUGGCCGGCGCUGGCCUAUGCUUGUGCUGGGAAGCACUGUCUCAGCCAUUGCAUGCCUUAGCCUCGCGAACACGCCCAUCUUCCCUACCGGCACCCGUGCUGGCCGUUGGGCACUCUAUUACCUGACGGGCUUCUGCCAGGCCAGUAACUCGAUGUUCUGGGCAUGGACGCAAGACACCCUAUCUGGCGAUCCGGCCACGCGUGCGUUCGCGAGCGCCGGCCUGAAUGUCUGGGCUAGCAUUAGUCACGCUGUGAUGCCGCUGGCGCUGUUCCGUGUAGUCGAGCAACCAGCGGUCGUCGCAGGAAAUUACGGUGCCGCUGGCUUCGCGUUUCUGCAUUCGGGAACAGCGCUGGCACUGGCGUGGUGGCAGCGGAGGCAGAGCAGGGCCAGUGACAACAGCGUGGAAGAGGAAAGCGAGGUAGAGGGGAGUGAUGUUGAUGUGGACGUACAGAAGACACAGCAGGAGGGCAAGGUUUCGCACAUCAGGGAGACUGCCAUCCCGGAAGGAGUGCCCAACGCAGCCACGAAAACAGUGCUAAAACAGUAG